GUUUUUGAUAAUUAACAGGAUUUAAUUGACAUAUAUACAUUUAAACUAGGCCUCACUUUACAUGAUGCUCUUUAAAUGAUCUCCUUAGAAUAUUUUUUUUUUCAAUAUCUAUAAAAUAAUGUGAUCGUUCAAUAGACGUUUUUAUCUAAAGGACCUUCUUUGCUGUUAUAUCAACCUUGUUGCCAGUAGGUUCUAGUUCAUGUUUACUUAUUUAUCUGCCUGUGGGUUGUCUGAUUGGUUUGUCUGCACCCUGUUGGAAACACCACCUGGGUUCUUAAGGAGAAGCAGAUCAGUUUGCGCUCAACAGGGUUUGCAGAAAAAUCCUCUGGCUCAACUGUGAAAAGACACCUGCUCUACGGUCUUUUUAAAUUUAUUUUCCAGCGAAUGUUUGCUCUCAUGGCAGGAAUCUCCUGAAUGGACAUCAACAACAAUCUUUUUUAAGUUCUUGCAACAAUACUUGGCUCAACUUGUGUGGAGACUUUGACUCCACCGACUCCCUAAAUGCCUUUCUCUGAGAAAAGGUGGUGGACGUUAUUUGCUUUGAAUGUGUACAAGCAACAAAUUACUUGAUAAAGAUGGGUAAUAAGCAAACAAUAUUCACAGAUGAGCAACUUGAUGCUUAUCAGGACUGCACAUUUUUCACUCGCAAAGAAAUUUUGCGGUUGCACAGCAGAUAUCAUGAGUUGGCUCCACAUCUUGUACCAAUGGACUACACCAAUGAACCGGAUUGUAAACUGCCUUUAGCGCUGAUUGUUGACAUGCCAGAAUUAAAGGAAAACCCAUUCCGCAAUCGGAUUGUGGAGUCAUUCUCCGAGGAUGGGAUGGGGAACCUCAGUUUCAAUGAAUUUGUAGAUAUGUUCUCAGUCCUCAGUGAAAUGGCUCCAAGAGAACUUAAAGCCAUAUAUGCCUUUAAGAUAUAUGAUUACAACGUGGAUAAUUACCUGUGCAAGGAGGAUCUUGAGAAGACUUUAAAUAAGCUGACAAAGGAGGAGUUGACUCCUGAGGAGGUUGAAUUGGUGUGUGAGAAAGCCAUUGAGGAGGCAGAUUUGGAUGGAGACAAUAAACUCUCCUACGCUGACUUUGAAAACAUGAUAACCAGGGCUCCAGAUUUUUUAAGCACCUUUCAUAUCCGUAUCUGAGAUGGAUCAUUUGACCGUUUUGAUGUCAGCAGCUUCAUAAACCUGGGGACUGAACCAGAGCUAUCCCCGCCACAUCACUACUCUGAUCUUCAGUUAGACAUAAACUCUUCUUAAUGUGGCCUUAUCUAAAGAAAACCUGCAAUCCCAAAUUUAGGGUAAAAGUAUACAGUUGCAUCAAAAGCCAAUCUAGACAUGUUCAGUAAAUAAGAAUCUGUGUUCUCAUGUAGUCUCUUUUGUCAGAUUAAAAAUAGAAUUAAAUGACAUGACAUGUAACUUAAAUAGGACUUUAUUACUUUAUUACAAACUAAUAAAUGAUUGUUGUAAUAAAUGAUUGUUGUUUUGCUGUGUAAAACUAGUACACUUGAGUGUAUGUUCACAAACUGUUUCCUGGACAUUUUCCUUUUCUGCUAGAAAGCAGUGUUCAUAAUUCUAUCAGUGACAUCAAUUUGAACUCAGAUGAAUAUUUUCAUCUUCUGUCAAGUUGGUUUGAACAGCUGCUUUCUGUUAGGAAUUAACAUAAUCAUUUUACUUCAGGAGGAUGUAGUCAGGAAUGAUCUGCCCCAGUAUUCAAACACAUUCUUAAAUCCUGCACACAGAGGCGAUCUCAUUGGAAAGCAAGAGGAAAUGGUCUUGCCUAUGAUGGUUGAUGAUUACCAGGUGUUGGUUUUGGUGCUACAGAUUUGCAUUAUGUAUGUAUUGAGCACAGUGUUCUGUGUUGAUUCUGUGCACUCUGUACCAAGCCCACUUUGUUUCUGGAUAUUCAUGUAUGAGCUUUAGGUCAUACAUGUAAAAGUUGCAGGACACCGGCCCUUGAGGACUGGAGUUUGACACCUGUGGAUUACUCUUAUCUCCCAAAUUUAUUUAUUUAUUUAUUUUUAAUCAAACUAUUCCGGAGCCUCGAUAAUUACUGGUCUUACUGGGAUCAUCAGCAAAAAAGCUACAAUGCAACUGUGAUAAUAGGACUAUGAUUAAAUGUUUCUGACACCAAAAGAGAAAAAACUCACACAUUACAUAAAAGACUAGGAAGAUUGCUAACCCAUUGAAGCCAUAAGACAUUUUACACAUAAGGGGACACAGAAAAGAGUUGAUGGUGAGGAGAUUCACUCCUUAAACAGUGAGUCUGAGUGCAUUAAUGUGUUGCAAUGACCUGGACUUAGUAACAUUAGUAAAGGAGAGAAUAAGUCAAGCCACCCUUUCUAUGUGAAGUGUUUCAUGUUAUGUGAAUUUGAUGUAGAUGAAGUGCAUUUCUUAAUAUCAUACAGAGAUACCACUAUUGCUCAAUGAGGAACUUAUGCAAUAAUUAUCCAUUGCAGCUUUAUACCAUUUGUAGUUUGUUUUCCACUGUUGCACAAUCACACGCUUAUUACGUAAUGAUCUGCUACGACUUUACACUGCUAUUAAUUUUCUUAAUAGUGACAUUCUAUCAUGCAGUUCUUAGUUGUGAAAGAGCUGGUAGCAGAAAGGUCACAAAAACUGGAUGAUUAACAUUUCGGCAGUUUAACAUACCCUGGUUUCCCUUAGAGGACUUAUAGGGGAAACACCUUACAUUCUAAUUUCUAAAACUUCUGUUCCAAACGCAACACUGAAGCACAUGUAUUGCUGUCUAAGUGCAGAUACACUGAGUCGUGUGUCUGCACAAAUUCAUGCAGGCACAUGAGCAUGAAUAUGAGCUUUAUUAUCGUUUAUAGGCCCCACUAAAGCAGUAACUACAAAAGUAAAGAAAAAAAAGCACAUGAUAAAAGAUACUAAAAGGCAUUUUAGAACCUUCUGCU